AUGAAGCCUCCUUUUCGGAGGGCGGCCUCCCCGAGCGUCGCGCUCGCGGAGAGAACCGCACCUAAAUCACUAGCAGCGAGUUUCUGGCACUGCGACCUGUCCUUCGACUCACGAAACGGACUUCACGCGCAUUUGCAUGACAAAGACCACAGCUGCCAACAACCCUGGGGUGAACCCCAGGGCCAAAUCGCGACCGUCGGUGAGGACGGCAGCACUAACAGAGAAUACAAACUAAUCAUUGAAUCAAACCGCAAGCAAAGCUCCACGAAACCAGAGCAAGCUUACAAGACGUGGCGGUACCUCCCCACGACUGCCGGACUUCCCACACCAGACAACAAGAGAACAAUAUGCUUAGAUUCCGGUUGUCUCAUGGCCCUUAUCGAUUCUUCAUUAGCCAAUAGUUUACAUCUGAAAUCCCAUGACACACCUGAUAUCCCUGUGGCCGGCAUCGGCUCAAAACAUACAUCAUCAAGAUACGUCAACUUACCAAUAUUCUUCCACAACGAACACAACGUCGCCAAAGUCACCGUCGAGGCCAUGAUGCAUGAAGUGCUACGCUUUUGCCUUGCAGUGCACGAGUUGGGAUGCUUUGCGGCUGACUUUGCCUCGUCCUACUGUACCUGUGCCUAUUCAAAAGACGGAAGAGGGAAUGGACUCGGAGACUGA